GCCGCCAUUUUGGUUCGCGUCGCCGGGAACGCCGCUCCCCUCCACUGACUAUUCAGUCGGUCUGGAGCCCGCGUCGAGUGAGGUGUGUGUAGUGAUUCUGUGCGUUCUCCAUCGACGUUUAUCACCAGAAAACCAGGUUACCGAGGACAAGGACUACAUAAGUCGGAUUACACAGAGCUGCUCCCUAUUAUACUCCGGCGGUGUAACUCUAAUUUCGUACACCUCACCGUGCUACGGUAGAUUACUGUAAAAAUGCAGAUAAUUUGGUGAGGAGGAUAUUCGGUAUUACGUUUUCAUUUUAUCGUCAUCAUUCCUUCACUGGUGGUGCGCAACGUAUCCGCAGGAGCAACACCGACGUCGGCAUCCUACAUGGCGCUCUUAUAGCCGGAGCAUGUCCUGACCACAAAAGUGCAUGAGGAAGGUCGGUCGGUUGGAGGAAGAUCUCAGGGGAUUAUCGGUGGAUAAGGAUUCUCUAUAAUGGCGGGAGGUCAACAACAGCCGGAACAGUACACCGUACCCCAGUUGGCUAGAAUAUUUCACAGUCUACCGCAUCUCAAUGUAUCUUUGCAUUCCGUAAACAACACGUUCAAUCCACACUCCGAGAUUUAUCUCGAGAGCUUGGGAAUUCUUGGUAGCAUCCCUGCGGCGUGGCUGAUUCUGACACUCCUGAUAUUAUUGGUUUAUCUCGUAACGAGAUGCUGCGAUCGAAAACCAAGACCGAGAAGAUCCAUAGCUUUGCUGAAAUGUUCGCUCGCCGUACUGGCUUUGCUUUGCUGCGGAGCUGUCGCGGUUGGUUUGUACGGUAACGAUGAUCUGCACAACGGAUUGGUGCAGCUGAUACUAGCCGCUAAGAAUGCCGAUGGAAUUAUAAUGACGGUCAGGAAUCAGACUGGAGCGAUAGAAGCCACGUUGAAGCAAAAAAUUCAAGUGCAACUUACAGCGCUGGAAGACGCCUUCGACGAACCAACGAGCAAUAAAACUAUGCUAGCUGCUCUUCUAUUCGCGUUGAGUAACAUGAAACAAAAUACGAGUAUCGCUGCGAAUCGGAGUAUCGAAAUUAGGAGACCAUUGAGCGGCAUAAGUCUGGCUGGUGCGAUAGGAUUAGGAGAAAGAAUCGAGCAUUUGAGAUGGCCGGUUACCAUGGCCGUCCUUAGCGCUCUUCUUGUUCUUUGCGUCGUUUUACUGGUCGGUGUGGCUCGACAUUCCCGAUGCGCCCUAAUUACAUUUUCCGUGUUUGGUCUGUUCGCUGUAAUAGUCUCGUGGCUAAUGGCGUCCCUCUAUCUUGCGACAUCCGUCGCACUUGGUGAUCUAUGCGUAUCUCCCGAUGGCUACUUGACUCGUGCCGUGCCUUCGACAUUGGCUUCGGAGGUCCUCUCGUACUACACCCACUGCGAGAGUACCCGUAGCAAUCCGUUUACGCAGAGACUAAGAGACGGUCAGAGAGCCGCCGUUAAUAUGCAAACAAAUUUAAAGAUCGUUACGCAACUGGCCGAUGAUUUGUUCAAAAAUUUGCAACUGCAACCGAGGCUCAGUAGCUUGAAAACGGACGUGAUCACCGUCGAUCGUUUGAUGUCCGGACUGGCCACGCAAUUGGAAUGCAGGCCGCUUCACAAGCAAUACGUUCAGGCCGCCAAAAGUCUCUGCCAUCUGGGGCUGUACGGUCUCACCUUUAUGCUGCUCGCCAGUCUCGCGGCUGGUUUAUUUUUCACCGUUCUCGUCUGGGUUGACUCGCACACGUGGAUUUACAUUCGGAAACGACGAGACUAUCACCAAGUGGAUGAGCAAGAUCCUUUCCUGCCUCCGUCAGCUGCUUCGCAGGCAAUUGCUGCCCGCACUCUUCGUGGCCAAGGGUCGUACCCGCCUACAGCCCCUUCUCUUUAUCCGAAUAUCAACAAAAAUGCUAUUAAGCAGCCCUUGUUGCUUACGCCUCCCCCGCCGUCCUACGCAACAGCCACUGCUCGAGCACGACAACUGCACGAGAGCAUGCUAAAAAGUGGGGGUGUCAACGGGGGAGGAGGUGGGGACAUUAAAUCGGCUCAGCAUAAUCAGCAAUCGGCAAGUGGACGCAAUGACCACCAUAGGGCUGGACUCGGAGACCAACCUGGUCAGUACGCGACUCUGAGCAAACAAUGCAAAACUCUUGAAUCCAGUGACUUCUACUGAGGGCACGCCCCCUCGGGACCUGGUAGAGAACCGCCCUGGACGCCAAGUGUCGCGUCCUUCACCGGCACUCUGUCGCACAACUCGCAUGGCCCAGCACAUUUGGCUACUUUUCAAGACUCUAGAAAAACUCAAACGCUAGAUC